AUUCCGCGCUGCGCCACUCAACGGCGCUCCAACUCCGUUGAGCCCAUAUUAACGCAGAUUUUCCGAAAAUGAAUCCAACUAAUUUUUAUAAAACCCCUCACGGAUCCCGAUUAAUAACAAGCCCAUGUGAUUUAAGUUAGAUGCAGGUGGGAAGGAACGAGUUUCGGCGCGUGUUUUUGCGCGGGAGCUGCGCCGCUGUGGCUGACAAAAGCGCCACAGUGAAGCUGCAGGUCACUUCUCAUGCACGGCGCGUCUGCGGCACCGACCACCGGCUCUGCGAGAACCAUUUCCCCCCCGCGCCAAGGUGUCCGGCUACACCAGCCCCGUUCGCGUGGAACAGCCCCGGCGCCGCGCUCGGAUCUGACAUUUGAUCUGUAAUUUGGCGGCGCAGCGGGGAGACAGACGAGAGGAGACAACGCGUUGUGAAUACUGAAGAAGUAUUGACACCUCCAGUCCAGCUGCGCUCCGCUCGCCUAGAGGACAACUGAUGGACGCGUGAAGACUGCGACCCGUUCCUGUUUGACGCGGCUGGGCUGACAUGCUGUGAAGUGGACCGGAGCGGUAUCGUCAUGGCUUCCUUGUACCAGAGAUUCAGCGGGAAGAUCAACACGAACAACUCCUUCCCACACCGACCCGAGGCCAGUCACCUCCUGGGUGGACAUGUAGCAGACGAGGAGAAGACCCCACAGACCCUGACGGACGGGAGACCCCACGUCCAGUAUCACCGCAAGAAGUGCUCCAGGGAGGACGAAGACGACCUGGUGGGCAGCGCGCCGCCGCAGAGGAACUGGAAGGGGAUCGCCAUCGCUCUGCUGGUCAUCAUCAUCAUCUGCUCCCUCAUUGUCACCUCAGUGAUCCUGCUCACCCCUCGUGAGGACGACAGCCUGGCCCUGAAGAAGAAGGUGACAGUAGAAGAUGUUUACAGCCCAGACCUCCGCAUCCACGACCCCGAGGCUCGGUGGCUCAGCGACGAUGAACUGCUUUACCGAACGAGAGACGGAGACGUUGUUCGGCUCAACGUCUCCUCGAUGGAGAGGAGCAUCGUGGUUUCGUACCAGUUAUUUGAAAGAGCCAAAGCGGCCAGGUACCAAGUGUCUCCAGACAUGCAGCACGUCCUCUUCGCCUUUGACUUGAAAAUGAUUUAUCGACACUCGUUCGAGGCUAAAUACAUCAUCUACAGCCUGGUGACGCAGGAAACGUGGCCCCUGAGUCCGCCUGAGGUGCACGAAGCGGUCCUGCAGUUCGCUGGCUGGGGGCCGAAGGGCCAGCAGCUGCUCUUCAUAUUUGAAAACAACAUCUACUACAGGGCGACGGUGGAGAGCCGAUCGAUCCGCCUGGUCUCCACGGGCAAAGAGGGGGUGGUUUUCAACGGCCUCGCUGACUGGCUCUACGAAGAGGAGAUCCUGCAGACGCAGCUAGCUCACUGGUGGUCUCCAGACGGCCUGCGCCUGGCGUACAUGACCAUCAACGACACCCUGGUGCCAAAGAUGGAGGUGCCCUUCUUCACGGGGACAACCUACCCCAACAGCCUGGAAUACCACUACCCCAAGGCGGGCGAGGAGAACCCGCUGGUCCACCUGUCGGUGGCUAGUCUCAACGGCCCUCUGCACACCGUGGUGAUGAAGAAGCCCGAUGACCCCCGAAUUGGAAGGGAAUAUUACAUCACCAUGGUGAAGUGGGCCACAAGCACCAAACUGGCCGUCAACUGGCUGAACAGAGCGCAGAACAACUCCAUACUGACGCUGUGUGAGGCCACCACCGGCGUCUGCAUUAAGAAACACGAGGAUGAGAGCGAGAGCUGGUUGCACAGACAGAACGAAGCGCCGCUCUUUUCACACGACGGCCUCAAGUUCUUCUUCACCAGAGCGAUUCCUCAAGGAGGCCGGGGGAAGUUCUUCCACAUUUCCAUGUCCACUUCCAUGGUAGUCCAACCGCCCGUCUUCACUUGUUGGAGGCUUGUCGGAUACUCAGCGUACUCUUGUGUGUUUCCCUGGCAGCUGAACACCAGUACGGACAUCUUGAACUCGCUGACCUCUGGGGACUGGGACGUCACCAAGAUCCUGGCCUACGAUCAGAGAAGAAACCUCAUAUAUUUCUUGAGCACCGAGGACGACCCCAAACGUCGCCACUUGUACAGCGCCGACACAAUUCCGCCCUUCAAUCGCUGCUGCCUCUCCUGCGAGUUCAAGUGCGGCUACGUGGACGUUUCUUUCAGCCACGACAUGCGCUUCUUCUUGCUCCACUGCAAAGGUCCGGACAUACCAAGUGUGGCCGCCUAUCGCACUGAGGACAAACAGAAGCUGUUCGACAUCGAGGUCAAUGAGCGGGUCAACAACACAUACAACAACAUGCAGAUGCCCAGAGUGGAGUACGAGACCAUCACCAUCGACGACUACACUUUGACGUUGCAGAUACUGAAGCCAGCUGGGUUCGUGGACACGGCUCAUUACCCCCUGCUGCUGCUCGUCGACGGCACGCCCGGCGGUCAGAUGGUCACGGAGCAGUUCCAGGUGGACUGGACCACCGCUUUGGUCAGCAGCUUCAGCACCAUCGUCAUCCGCUUCGACGGCCACGGCAGCGGCUUCCAGGGCACCAACCUCCUGCACAAAGUCAAGCAGAGACUGGGGAAGCUGGAGGAGCGGGAUCAGCUGGAGGCCCUCAGGUUCAUAUCCAAAGAGCCGUACGUCGAUAAGACCCGAAUAGGAGUACAUGGGAGGGUAAGAUGGUGGAGACCAGGAGACCAGGUGCUUCCACUGCGGCCUAUGUCCAUGUGUUUGCAGGCGUACGGAGGGUAUUUGGCCACCAUGCUGCUGAGCUCAGAAGAAUUCACCCAACUGAAAUGUGGAACGGCAGUUUCUCCCAUUACAGACUUCGAGAUUUACGCGUCAGCAUUUUCGGAGCGAUACCUGGGAUCCAGAACAGAUUCACGAGUCUACACGAUGGCCAACCUCGCGCACAGAGCGGCUCAGCUGCUGGACAAACACUACCUGAUCAUUCACCCCACUGCCGACGAAAAGGUCCACUUCCAGCACACGGCAAAGUUCAUCAACCAUCUCAUCAGUGAGAGGGCGAACUACACCUUACAGAUCUACCCAGACGAAGGACACUUCCUCCACAGCGAAGGAACACAGCAGCAUCUCAGCCAGUCGCUGGUCAACUUCUUUGAGGAGUGUUUCCGGGUACCAGAGAAAGUGAAGGACGACCAGCAAGACGACGACGAGGACGACAGCUAAGACCCCCGCUCACCGACUCACCGUGGACCAGCACCAACAGCACAAUAUGCAACAGAUAUCUCCCAACACAAUGGGCCCACCUCCUGAUGUCCGAUCUGGUUCAAGCUGGACUCUGAAGUGCAGAUCCUGCAUGCGCUUCGACGCCGCGGCCUCGAUCUCGCCUGCUCCUGAGAAAGAGAGACAUGAAAAUUUCAGUUUACCUGCACACAGCCAACCUCUCACGCCGCCUCGUGGACACACUGGAAAACCCUCUUGGACUGGACAGAUGUGAUCUUUGAGACAUCACAGGCAGUUUAACUAUCGAGUUUCUGUAAACACAGUAAACAUUAAGAGGUCAUAUAUCAGCACAAACAUUUUUGUUUUAACUGUUAUUCCACAGGUGAUGGACCAGUCCCGGAAUAAGGCAUGAAAUAAUCAACAAAACAUAGCAUAGGAAUGGUAUUCAUCUCUUUUAUCCCCCGCAUACUUAGGUUCUUUCAGUCACUGUGCCUUAGUGUGGGUGGAAGUUCUCGCCGUGACCCCACAUGACACUGAAACGCGUGAAUGUGAGCAGGCCUUUGUCCGAGUCGUACGCUGUCGGUAACACAAGUCAAGAUAAAAAGGUUUUUAACUAUUCCGUCCUGUGAAGUCCUUCUGUCCUCAUACAGGGAGAGAUCUUCAAGAUCACUUGGCAUUUAUGUUCAGACCGGUGCAUUAACUCCUCGAUUAUUCAUGGUUUUGUGACAGACUUUAACUUGUGUGUUUUUGUCAGUGGUUUCCAGUCAGCUGAUGUACAAAGUGUAUAAAUAUCAUAUUGUUUGAGUC